AUGUACUUCUUCCUCUCCAACCUGUCUUUGGAUGACAUUGGUUUCAUCUCCACCAUGGUCCCAAAGAUGCUGGUGAACAUCCAAACUUACAGCAGAGCCAUCUCCUACAUGGGCUGCCUGAUUCAGAUGUCCCUUUUUGCCAUUUUUGUCUGUAUGGAUGACAUGCUUCUGACUGUGAUGGCCUAUGACCGCUGUGCCAUCUGUCACCCCUUGUACUACUCAGUCAUCAUGAGUCCUCAACUCUGUGGCUUUCUAGUUUUGGGGUCUUUUCUGAUUAGCCUCUUUGAAUCCCAAAUGCACAAUUUGAUUGCAUUACAGAUUACCUGCUUUAAAGGUGUGGAAAUUGCAAAUUUUUACUGUGAUCCCUCUCAGGUCCUCAGUCUUUCCUGUUCUGUCACCUCCACGAAUAACAUAGUCAUGUAUUUCGUUGGUGCCAUAUUUGGCUUUGUUCCCAUCUCAGGGAUCUUUUUCUUAUACUAUAAAAUUGUUUCCUCUAUUUUGAACUUCCCAUCUCGGGGUGGGAAAUAUAAAGCUUUCUCCACCUGUGGGUCUCACCUAUCCAUUGUUUUUUUAUUUUAUGGAACAGACCUUGGGGUGUACCUGGGCACUGCUGUGUCUCAUUCUUCUAGAAAGGGUGCAGUGGCCUCAGUGAUGAACACAGCUGUCACUCCCAUGCUCAACGCCUUUAUCUACAGUCUGAGGAACAGAGAUAUUAAUAACACCCUGAAAAGGCUUUGUAAUAGCAUAUUCUAA